AUGACACCGGCCGAGUUAUUGUUAAGUUUGAUGAGAGGUCCAAAGGUAUAUGCGUAUAUUCGUCGGCGUGAUACAAUUUUCCCGAAUAAUUCAUUGGAAUAUGUGAGUGAAACGAUGUUAACAGUUAUGAAUGGAUGUCGCACAGUGUGUACAGUAGUUUCACCAUUUCUUCUUUUGAUUGCUUACAAUCGUUCAUUAUUGACUGGGAAAAAUUUUAUGAUAUUAGCAAAAUUUAUGGUGUCAUACUAUGUAAUAGCGAUUAGCAUGAGAACUGCUGGCAGGGUAUUCAAUCCAGAAUAUCGCCAAUUUGCUCACACGUUGUUUAAAGCUCACAUGCAUGAUCGAAAUGCCAGUGCAUUAUUGCUAAAAUAUGAUUAUGAGUUAUUUGCGGCACCAAUUGAUUUUCAAGCUCUUAGAGAGCCACGAAAAUAUUUCGAAACGCCAGGAAGAUUUACAGCUACUAGAAAUGUGUUGUACACCACGUUACGAGAUUGCUUAUCAUACAAUAUUGCUUAUACUUUUGCACGUGUGCUUGUUUAUCCUGGUUCAUCAGCACUAUUGAACAAACUGAUUCAAUCAUUUCUGAUCGAGAAUCGACGGAAACUUGUGGUAGAAAAGGGUGCUGUGCGUGGAGUUUUAAUGACAAGAGAGGGUAAUAAAGUGGAUUCUAUGUUUGUCGAUCGUCGAGAACAAGGAGGAAAUGGUGAUAUUCUAGUUGUAACGUGUGAGGGAAAUGCUGGAUUUUACGAAACUGGCAUUAUGCCUACUCCACUUGCGUUGAAAUAUUCUGUGCUUGGAUGGAAUCAACCUGGAUUUGGUGAAAGUGGUGGUAUGCCAACACCAAAACAAAUGGCUGCAUCAAUUGAUGUCGUUAUUCAGUAUGCAAUACAUAAAUUAGGUUUUGCGGAAGACCAAAUUGUUAUUUAUGCAUGGUCAAUCGGUGGAUUUCC